UGUGCAUGUCGACAAGAAUGGAAGGCUUAUCCCGCAAGACGAAAGAGCAUAUGUUUCGAUGGAAGCAAGUAGCUUGCCAUAUUUACGAAAUAUUAGCAGUGAUUUAGAUGAUGGAGCAGCAUUUAAACGACUUUUGGUCACGGAGAAGGCGUUGUUUCAAAACAACUAUCCCCAAGUUGUGUUGGCCCAUGCUGGCAGUAGCAUGGCGUGUAAUUAUGAUCUUAUAUUAAAAAAAUUUGAUGGAUGUGCCAUUCCAGUGCUCAUGGGACCAUCAGUAUCGGGAAAGACUACCGCCUUGAAAGCUGUAAUGAGUAUAUUUGGCAUACGAAAAUUUACGUGUGAAUCCAGCAGCAGAUAUAUAGAAAAUCGACAAAGCAACACAACUAUUCCAUUUGGUUGGGAUGAUGCGUCCGAUAUGAAGGUCCUAAAAAAUGUUUCAGUCAAUUCUUUUAAUGGCUGUGGAAGUUCCACAAUGAAGAACACCUUGCAGCCGCAUACUGUUCCCGUGGUCUCCACGAACCUUGACACAUCGGAAAAAAAGAUUAAUUCUCGGUGGUUGCGAAUUGAAUUUAAAGCACUUUCGCCAAGGCUAACUGGAAAGGAUAAAGUCUUAGCUGAGAUGAAUGUUAAAGCAGCUAUGAAUGAAGCGCACAAAAGCAUUUGCGUUGUCACUACCUGUAUGCAUAACAAUCUCGAAGAAUGCACAGAAAACGACACUUACUUCACUAUUUUGGAAGAGCUAGAGGAAGAAAUAGAAAAAAAGGGCAUGCAAAUUGAUGAUAGAGUCAAACUUAUGAUGGGACUUCUGCUUUUCUCUGCCAAAAAGAUUUUGGAAAAAGUUGAUCUAGCUGACGAUUAUGUCUUGGUAUGGGAGACAAUGAAAGAAGUUAUUUUGCCAGGCUACACAUUAAGAGAAUCAGAACAGCAGCCCACAUCGAAUGAGAAGUGUCAGAAUAAUGCAAAUGUAAUUCAUAAACUUCUACAUGAUCACUUGCUCCCUUUAGCGGCCAAAGAGGAUCCAAAUUACGUGAUGCGUUUUAUUGAUAAUGACCAUAAUCCUUCAAAAUGCACAUGCGGAAAGUCGGUGGUGUUCCACGUUAAAGAUGUGGUGGAGUUCCUGAGAAAAAAAGCGUCAGUAACUGGCGAUCAGUUAUUGUCAUCAGUAACUGAAAAUUCAGUUCGUCGUUUCAUAAAAUCGAGAGAUAUUGGUUGCGUUGGGGUGCAAGUACGAUUCCGACGGAGGCCCAAGCAAUGUAACGCGGCACAUAUACAGAGGAUCUGGUUUGAUCCAAAUGACCUCUCUGUUUUGGAUGAAAAACUUGGGAAGAGGAAUGAUAAAAGUGGGACAAAAGUGCAAACCAUUCUUGACAACGACAGUGUUUUGACAAAUGUAGAAACCAUUCUUGACAACGACAGUGUCUUGCCAAAUACACAAACCAUUCUUGACAACGACAGUGUCUUGACAAAUGUAGAAACCAUUCUUGACAACGACAGUGUCUUGCCAAAUGCACAAACCAUUCUUGACAACGACAGUGUUUUGACAAAUGUAGAAACUAUUCUUGACAACGACAGUGUUUUGACAAAUACACAAACCAUUCUUGACAACGACAGUGUCUUGACAAAUGUAGAAACUAUUCUUGACAACGACAGUGUUUUGACAAAUACACAAACCAUUCUUGACAACGACAGUGUCUUGACAAAUGUAGAAACUAUUUUUGACAACGACAGUGUUUUGACAAAUGCAGAAACUAUUCUUGACAACGACAGUGUCUUGCCAAAUACACAAACCAUUCUUGACAACGACAGUGUUUUGACAAAUGUAGAAACCAUUCUUGACAACGACAGUGUCUUGACAAAUGUAGAAACCAUUCUUGACAACGACAGUGUUUUGACAAAUACACAAACCAUUCUUGACAACGACAGUGUCUUGACAAAUGUACAAACCAUCUUUGACAAGGGUGCCUUGGCAAAUACACAAAAAACAGUUGAAAAUGACGUUCAAAACCUUAAAAGCAAAGACAGCAAAGGUGGUAAAAGAAAACGGAGAAUGGCAGAUGGUUUGUUCGAUAAAUUGCACAGUGGACUCAAAGAUAAACGUACACGAAAUGGUAAAUAAGGUUAAUUACAUCGAUGGAGCCGGAGUGUUAACUGCAUGGUGUUGCUGUAGUACUUGUGGACUACGUGAUCUGGCAAAGUUGUUAAACAUUAUUUAAUAUGUUUUUGUGUUGAAAUUUGGUUGGCAUAUA